AUGAAUCUAAAUUUAGUAGAAUUUAUUAGUCCGUUGACAACAUUAUGUGCUCACUCUGCUAAAUUUUCGGCAAGGUAUCCAAUACAUGUAAUAUUAGUAUCUUUAUUAUUUUUUGCUGCUACAUAUUUAUCAGUCAUUCAAUACUACUUUGAUGGAUGGAAAUUAGAUUCCACAAGUAUAUUUGCCUCCCCUCUACCAGAUCUGGAUUUCUUUUUUGAUGAUUGCACACAUUAUUGUAGAAAACCAUAUUCAAAUAUCUGGAAUGUCUUGGAAACAGAAGAUGCCCGUUCAAUGAUAUCCUUGCCAAACCAUUAUUAUUUGUUAAACUUACAAUUUAAAACAAAUUCUAAAGAUUCUAAAUCAUUAAAUUCAAUUUCAUUCGCUAAUGAUACUACAACUUUCCCCGAAUUAAACGGCUUAAUUUUUGAUUCAAACGAUCAUAAAUAUCUAUUACAACAAGAACCAAAUAUCCCAUUUGAAUUGAUUUCUUCUGAUGGUAAAAAAUGGAGGCUAGUUGACAAUGGCGUUCAUUUCUUUGAGCUCCAACACUUGGCCUUAUCAUUAUACAAUAAUUUUAUUUCAAGAAUUCAAAGUUCAAAAUCAUUUGAUAUAUUUAUUAUUGGUUCUGCAUACAUGAUGGUCGUAUUCACCGUUUAUAAAUUAUUCCGUGAAAUGAAUAAAAUUGGUUCAAAGUUUUCAUUAAGUUUAGCUACAAUGACAAAUUCGGCGUGUGCAUUAUUCUUAGCGUUAUAUUCAACUCAAUAUAUUACGAAAACACCUGUUUCUGCCUUAAGUUUAAUCGAGGGGUUACCAUUUUUAGUAGUAACAUUUGGCUUUAAACAUCAAGUUAAUAUGGCCAGGUAUACUCUUGGUCAAUUUAAAAGAAUUGGAUUAUCUAAGAAAAGUACACCAGAAAGAAUUGUAUUUGAUGCCAUUAAAGCCGAAGGGUCAAGCUUUAUUUAUGAACAUUUGCUAUCAAUCGUUGCCUUUGUUGGAUGUACGCUUUAUGCAUCACAUUUGGAGGCUUUGAAAAAUUUCUGCAUUUUAUGUUCAUUCAUUGCAACUUACGAAGUAUUAUUUACAAUGACUCUUUAUUCUGCCGUGUUAUCAUUAAAAUUAGAAAUCGAUAUUAUCCAUAGAUCAACUGUUAUCAAACAAGCUUUAGAAGAAGAUGGUAUCAUCCCAAUGACAGCUGAUUUAGUAUUUGGAGCUGAAAAUACUUCAAAGAAUUCUAAGUUAAAAUCUAAUUUUGCAGUUUAUUUUAUUAAAGGUGCAUUAACGAUAUUAUUUUUGGGUAUUAACCUUUAUAAUUUUGGAUUAAGAUGGGCAUCACAAACUGUUAAUUUUUUCUAUAAUAAUCCAUCACCUGUGAUUUCUUUACCAGAAUUCAUCCAGACUUCUAGCAUAAGUAUUUUAGAUGAAACUGUGCUGAUAUCUGUAACCCCAGUUCAGUACUAUCAACAAUUAAAUAUGUAUCAUAUGGUCGAAGAUGGAUUAAUAUUAUUACUAAGAUAUUUCAGUAUUGCAAUUAGUGAUCGUCUGGUUAGUAAAGUCUUAAUAUUUUUAUUAAUUAUUAGUUUAGCAACCAACAUCUCCUUAUUAAACGCAACUAGGAUUCAUACAAAAUAUACUGCAGCCGAACUUAAUAAGAAGAAGACUGAUUCCAAUAAUUUCAAGAGUCUAAAGAGUAAUUCAUCAAAUUUAUCAAGUGAAGAAUCUGAAGAAGAUACCAAUAACAGUACUAGUAAUAAUUCUAGUAUUAGCAACAGUACUAAAGCAACAGACAACAAGAUCGGCUCAACCAAACAGAAAAAGAAAAACACUAAGAAAUCUGGUAAUAAUAACAUCAAUAAAAGUGAUAAAAAACUUGAAACAAAAUCCAUUACUGAUGAUGAAGCUGAUGAUGAUUAUUCUGAGGUUACAAUUGAUAAUUUAGAAACUUACACUCGACCAUUAACUGAACUACAAGAAUUAAUGAAGAGUGGUGAAGCGCAUACAUUGAAAAAUAAAGAAGUUGUUUCAUUAGUUGUUAAAGGUAAAAUGCCAUUAUAUGCGUUAGAAAAACAAUUAAAAGAUUCUACUAGAGCUGUUAAAGUUCGUCGUCAAGCUAUUUCAUUAUUAUCUGAUUCUUCUGUCUUAUUAUCAGAAAGGUUACCAUACAAAUAUUAUGAUUAUGAUAGAGUUCUUGGAGCUUGUUGUGAGAAUGUUAUUGGAUAUAUGCCAAUUCCAGUUGGUAUCAUUGGCCCCUUAAUUAUUGAUGACAUAUCAUAUCAUAUUCCUAUGGCCACUACAGAAGGUUGUUUAGUUGCUUCUGCUAUGCGUGGUUGCAAAGCUAUAAAUGCAGGUGGAGGUGUUACUUCAGUAUUAACUAAAGAUGGUAUGACAAGAGGACCAUGUGUUAGAUUUCCAUCAUUGAAGAGGGCUGGUGCCUGUAAGUUGUGGUUAGAUUCUGAAGAAGGACAAAACAAAGUUAAAAAAGAAUUUAACUCUACGUCAAGAUUUGCUAGAUUACAGCAUAUUCAAACAGCUUUAGCAGGAAAUUUAUUAUUUAUUAGAUUUAGAACGACUACUGGUGAUGCUAUGGGUAUGAAUAUGAUUUCUAAAGGUGUGGAAUUUUCUUUAAAGAAAAUGAUAGAUGAAUUUGGUUGGGAUGAUAUGGAGGUGAUAUCUGUUUCUGGUAAUUAUUGUACUGAUAAGAAACCUGCUGCUAUCAAUUGGAUCGAAGGGCGUGGUAAAAGUAUUGUAGCAGAAUCAAUCAUUCCUAAGGAUGUUGUUGAAAAAGUAUUAAAAAGUAAUGUCAAGGCGCUAGUUGAAUUAAACGUUUCUAAGAAUUUGGUUGGUUCAGCAAUGGCUGGCUCUGUAGGUGGGUUUAAUGCCCAUGCUGCCAAUUUGGUUACUGCAGUAUUUUUAGCAUUAGGUCAAGAUCCAGCUCAAAACAUCGAAAGUUCUAACUGUAUUACAUUAAUGAAUGAGACAUUAGAAGGUGAUUUGAAUAUUAGUGUUUCAAUGCCAUCUAUCGAGGUCGGUACUCUCGGUGGUGGUACCAUCUUGGAACCACAAGGUUCUAUGUUGGACAUGCUGGGGGUCAGAGGCCCACACCCUACUAACCCUGGUGCCAACGCUGGACAAUUAGCAAAAAUCGUUGCAUCUGUGGUAUUGGCUGGUGAGUUAUCUCUGUGCUCUGCUUUGGCUGCAGGUCACUUAGUUCAAAGUCAUAUGACUCAUAAUCGUGCCAAACCGGCUACUGCCGCUAAUGGUUCUGCCCCUGCCCCUGCUCCUGCUGCCAUUAACAACGAAGAACUUACCCGUUUGAAGGAAGGCUCCGUGACUUGUAUUAAAUCUUAA